UAAUAAUAAACGUAAAAAUAGUGUUCUAAUUAAAAUUAUUGUAUUUUUUGCUCAUAAAAAUUUCAUUUUUCAAUAAUGAGUUUUUGUAUAUACGAAUCAGACAUUAUUAUAUGUAAUAAUGAACAAAUUGUAAUGUAUAAUAUUGAAAAUGGUACAGAAACAACUAUUUCUUUACCUAAAUUGCAAAGUGAUAAAAAAGUUGAUUUGCAUAACAACGUAAACAAAGAAACUUCUCACACGAUUACCAACGUAAUGUUCUCAUAUGAUGGAAAAUAUUUCUUUGUCUAUACAAAUCGUAAGCAACUAUGUUUGUAUGAAAGAAAAAGUCAAAAUCUUGUGUUAAAUAAAAUACUUCCUAGAGCUGCCAGCAAAGUGCAAUUUACUCCAAACAACGACAUAGUUGUUGCUGAUAAAACAGGAGAUGUUUACCUAUUUUCUAAUAAGCAGUCUGACAAUGGGGUCCUACUUUUAGGACAUUUAUCAAUGUUACUUGACAUAUUAAUUACGGAAGAUGGAAAGUACAUUAUUACAACAGAUAGAGAUGAAAAAAUUAGAGUGUCUAUGUUCCCAAAUUCAUAUAAUAUUGUAUCCUAUUGUUUAGGACAUACAAAAUUUGUAACAAACAUUUUGGAAUUACCUCAUGACAAAAAUGUUUUAAUAUCUUGUGGAGGAGAUGGAAUGUUUAUAUUAUGGGACUACAAGAUUGGAAAAGAAUUAUUAUGUAUUAAUUUUCAUAAUAAAAUAUCUAAAAGUGAUAUUGAAAAGUUUAACGAACAACUUCAUAAUUAUAACUUAGAAGAGUUUGUUGAUGUUUUACCUGUUAAACAUUUAAAGCUUUUGGCACUUAAUACAACUUCAUCUUUAGCUAUAAUGAGCUUUUAUAAUAAUACGUUAUUAUUAGUAUACAUAAUUAAUAGCACAUCAAAAUCAAACUUUGAAGUAGUAUAUGUGCAAUCUAUAAUUGCAGACAGCGAACCAAUAGAAUGUUAUCUGUACAAAAAUAAUCUAUGGAUAUUAAAUGAACUUGGAUUUAAAAUAUAUGAAUUUAAAAAUAACAAUUUUAUACUUACUGAUGGAGCAGAUUAUAAAAUAAAUAACUUAAAUAAUUAUUGGAAAACACUAAAAAAAGAUUUUACUCAACAAAAUUUAUUUUCAAUCCUGUAUAAAAGAAAAUAUGAUAAUGUGCAAGAAUAUUUACAACGGAAAAAAACGCGUCUUACAAAUUCAAUUGAUGCAUAAUCAAUUGCAUGUAACAUUAUAGCAGUUCCUGGUGGGCCAUACAAGAGACAUCCUUUUGGAGGGGUGAUACCAACUCUUUGAAAUAACUCAGGAUUUAGUAAUGGUAAUUCUAUAACUUCUCUCAGUUCACGUAUUUGUUCACUUAGACCACCAAUUGCACUAUAUGUAACAUCUCCAGGAUCUUCAUGUGACAUAUUAUAAACUAAUGGGUCAACCUAAAUAUAUAAAUAAACAUUUAAAGUUUACUGAAA